AUGGCUACUCACAACAAUACCCGAAAUCGAACACCCACCUUCAUCCCCGCCACUUCCGGCAUCCAUGCGCGAAGAUCCCCCGUUAGGUUCAAAAGCCAGCUAGGAAAGCGUAACCGGGAGUGUGAGACCCCGGUAUCCACCAGUGAUGGAAGCAACAGUCCCUCGUCAAGCAAUUUUGUUACGUAUUUCUCCGGUGAUCCCCCCGUCCCCGAAGAGGAGAACCUACAGUCGUCGGAACCCACCUCCCAACACAGUGUCUACCCAGGAAGAGGGAGUGGGUGA